AUUUAUGUAGAAUUUUUGAAAAUUGGUGGAGUUCCCCUUUACUGUGCUGUAGUAUAUGGAAUACAUUUCGGAGUGAAACAAUGUAUUUGAAAGGUAUCAGCGUAUUGGAAACCAAUUAACUAACUCCGUUUUAUAUGCCCCCCCUCUCCUGCAAUUGCCCCCCGUCGUCCUUCUCACAGAUGGUGUCUAAGUUUGCCCCUCUGUGUUGUUGCAAUAACCUCGCGGUACCAGAUUUCUCACCCUCACGCUGCGGUGGCCUGUUUAUACAACUGGGGAAGUCUUCACACCCAGAUGUCCCUCAGCGGCCCACUCAUUUGGCAGAUGAUUGGGCGUUUGGGUGUGAAGACCACCAGAGCCACACCCCCUCUCCAAACCACGCCCAUCCUCGCGCGCUGCCUCUUUAUAAACGCAGUGAGCCGCUCCUCUUCAUUCAUUCGCUCUCUCUCCUUCUUCGGUUCGACGGCUCUUCGCAUCUACCGGAGGAAAUAACCGCCUCAAACGGACCGACUGUGAAGGACUCGUUCUUUCUCUCUCGGACUAUCACACGAAACGAAAACAACAUGAAUUCUGCCUGCCUCGUCGCCACCCAGACGCCUUUCGUCAACCCUUCAGCUUUUGUCCAGGCUGAGAGCCAGCCUGGUGGGCAGCAGUCUCCCGUGAGCAGCCGUGCUGUCCUGUGGAGACCCUGGCUCGUCACCAGCCAAGAUGGGUGCAAGAGAAACAAGCUCGCAUGUCCUUACACCAGACCAACAGUGCCGGGUAACACCACAGCAGAUGGCAAAACUCAGUCUUUCCAGCACCCUGUCAGACUCUUCUGGCCAAAGUCCAAGUCAUAUGACUACCUCUACAGCGAUGGCGAAGCUCUGCUGAGAAAUUUCCCAGUCCAGGCAACCAUCAGCUUCUACGAUGAGUCAGACAGCGAGGAUGAGGAAGAGGAGCAGGACGACUGGGAGGAGGAGGAAGACAGUGACGAAAAAGAGUGCCUCAAACCCCAGAGCUAUUUCUCCACCUACAACUGAAUUCACACACGCUAUGAUGGCAGCUUCUGGAGAACUAUAGUACGAACAUUCACAAGAACUAUCACAUUCUCAGAUGGGACUGUAUCCAGUGUCUUCACAAAACAAAUAUUUUGAUAGCGCAUGCCCACCACAGCCUGCAUGGGUGUCAGUUUUUUUUUCCAAAUUCCAUUCAUGUAAUGCCAGCUUCCAAAAAAAGAAACGAGAAAAAAGUUCAGAACGGAAAGUCUUCCUAAUUGUAAAUUCCUCUGGGAAUUGAAUAAUGGCAAACAAUCCCACAUUGGGAUGAAUGUGUUGUUUCCAAGCCAUCUCAGGGUCUCUGUUUUGUUUUGUACACGAGAUUCCUUUAUCUGUAUUUUAUUCCCCUGUCCCUAAUUUAUGUUGUACAUAUCUUAAUAUAUUUAUGUCUUAUUUUUGUACUUUUGUGCAUUUGACACAGAAUAAACUAUAUGUAAAAGUAA